AUGUCACAAGUAAUCGGCAAACAAGGUGAUCAAGUCAUAUACGCAGAAUUACCACACUGCUAUCUUGGGCAGUGGUAUCCAGCACAGUCAAUGGUCGAGGCCAUACUUGUGAUCAUCGCCGUCAUUUGCAUACCCAUAAUGCUAUUCGGUAAGCCAUUAUACCUAUGGCAACAGCAGAAGAAGGCCAAGAAAGAAAUCGGCGAUAAAAUGAUGGUUCGUGCGAAUAUGCUCAGCGAGGAGACCGAAAUAACGUCGAAUGGAGGGCAACAACAGGGUGCCGCUGCUGCUGCAGCUACUGAUGGUGGAAAUCAUGGCAACGGUCAUAUUGAGAAGGAACGACGAGGGGCUGAUCUAGAUGGUGCUACUGCUGCCGUAGCAUCGGCAGCUGGUGGAGGCGGAGGAGGACAUCAUGAAGAAGAGGCAUUCGGCGAUAUCAUGGUACAUCAAGCCAUUCACACCAUUGAAUAUGUGCUCGGUUGUGUCUCACAUACGGCUUCAUACCUACGACUUUGGGCAUUAUCACUGGCACAUGCACAACUCUCCGAAGUGCUAUGGCACAUGGUGUUAGUGCAAGCGUUUGCACUGUCCGGUAUUGCUGGCUAUGUGGCUGCCUAUUGUAUAUUCUUUGCGUUCGGUGUUUUAACCGUAUCCAUUCUGGUGCUCAUGGAAGGUCUAUCGGCAUUUCUGCAUGCGUUACGUCUUCAUUGGGUUGAAUUCCAGUCGAAAUUCUACAUGGGUUUGGGCUACCAGUUUGUUCCAUUCUAUUUUAAGGAUGUAUUGGAUAAGGCGAGUGUAUCUGAUAAUAACUGA